UGAGAUGUUUGCAAGAAGGCGGCUACGGUGCAGCAGUCUGGACACGUGUCCUUGUAGAAAACCAGGAGCACUUAGCUUAUAGACCUUGUAGUCUGUGACAAUGUCUUCCUUCCAAGGACUUGAUACCGACUAUAUGACGUUGACCAGAUUCAUCGUUCAAGAACAGUCUAAAUAUCCGAGCGCCACUGGGGAGUUAACCCAGCUGAUGAACGGUUUACAGACAGCAACCAAAGCCGUGUCUAGUGCUGUGCGGAGAGCCGGUCUUUUAUCCCUCUACGGACUCACAGGCGCAUCUAACGUGCAAGGCGAGGAGGUGAAGAAGCUUGAUGUGUUGGCAAACGAAUUGUUUGUGAACAUGCUGACGUCCUCCUACGCCACCUGUCUUCUGGUCUCUGAGGAAUCCGAAAAAGUCAUUAUGGUGCCAAAGGAGAAGAGAGGCAAAUACAUUGUGUGCUUCGAUCCACUGGACGGCUCGUCCAACAUUGACUGCAUGGGUUCCAUCGGAACUAUCUUCGCUAUUCUACGCCACCAGGGUGAUUUCACAGGAGAUGAGACCACAGAUCAGGCGCUGCAAUCCGGACGGCAAAUUGUCGCCGCUGGAUACGCUCUCUAUGGCAGUGCCACAAUGAUGGUUCUAUCAGUCGGAUCAGGUGUCCACGGAUUCAUGUUGGAUACCUCCAUUGGGGAAUUCAUUUUGACGCAAAGAAACAUGCGCGUGAAAUCUCGUGGAAACAUCUACUCCAUCAAUGAGGGAUAUGCCUCUUUGUGGGACGAUGCAAUGAAGGAGUAUAUUCAUGAGAAGAAAUUCCCUAAGUCUGGAAAACCCUACGGAGCCAGAUACACCGGAUCCAUGGUGGCGGACGUGCACCGAACCCUGUUGUAUGGUGGUAUCUUCUUGUAUCCAGCAACCAAAGAAGCACCCAAGGGAAAGCUCCGAUUACUCUACGAAUGCUAUCCUAUCGCUUUCCUGAUGGAGCAAUCAGGUGGCGCGGCCACAAACGGUGAGAUACCGAUUUUGGACAUCCAACCAAAGCAUAUUCACGAGCGCACUCCCAUUUUCCUCGGAAGCAAAGAGGAUGUGGCGGAUGUCAUGGCUUUGAUCCAGAAGCAUCGUCGAGCCGGGUGAACACUUGCCCUCUCUCUCUCGGUGACACUUAUAUCCUGCUUCGCUAGAUUAUUUCCCCUCUGACCUUGCCAAUUGUUGCUUGAUCCUGUUGAUUUGCCAUGUUUCUAUUUUCUUUUUUGAUUUGCACCAGUUUCUGAUCCAGAGAAAUAUUCCAGAGUACUGCUGACGUUUUU